AUGGGAUCUGGUAAUGGGGUUUAUUCAGUUGGGGAUUUCAAUUUGGAUGCCAAGUGGCUGAUCAAUCCAAAGCAUCUUUUUGUUGGCCCGAGGAUUGGGGAGGGCGCGCAUGCCAAAGUGUACGAAGGAAAAUAUAAGAAUCAAACUGUUGCUGUAAAAAUUGUUCAUAGAGGAGAAACUCCAGAGGAGAUUGCCAAGAGAGAAUCACGGUUUGCAAGGGAAGUGGCAAUGCUGUCCAAAGUGCAGCACAAAAAUUUAGUGAAGUUCAUUGGUGCCUGCAAAGAACCUGUCAUGGUCAUAGUGACUGAGCUUCUUCUGGGCGGGACUUUGCGCAAAUACUUGUUCAGUAUGCGGCCAAGGUGCUUGGACAUAUGCGUGGCAGUUGGGUUUGCACUUGAUAUUGCCCGUGCUAUGGAAUGCUUACACUCCCAUGGAAUCAUUCACCGGGACCUGAAACCUGAGAAUUUGAUCUUGACCGCAGACCAUAAAACAGUUAAACUUGCGGAUUUUGGCUUAGCAAGAGAAGAGUCGUUGACAGAGAUGAUGACCGCCGAAACUGGGACAUAUCGGUGGAUGGCUCCUGAGCUUUACAGCACAGUUACAUUACGACAUGGAGAGAAGAAGCAUUACAAUCAUAAGGUGGAUGCUUACAGCUUUGCAAUUGUAUUGUGGGAACUCAUCCAUAAUAAGCUGCCUUUUGAAGGCAUGUCAAAUCUACAGGCGGCAUAUGCAGCUGCUUUUAAGAAUGUGAGGCCCAGUGCUGAAAACCUUCCUGAGGAUUUGGCUUUGAUCGUAACUUCAUGUUGGAAAGAGGAUCCAAAUGAUCGGCCCAACUUUACCCAAAUUAUACAGAUGCUGCUGCAUUAUCUCUCUACUAUUUCAGCACCAGAACCUGCUAUCCCCCAACGGAUAUUCAGAUCCGAGAACGCUGUACUGCCACCAGAAUCGCCUGGUACUAGUUCUUUGAUGACUAUGCACGAUGACUCGGGUGAAACCCCUAAAAUUGACGUGGAAGAGAAGCCUAAAGGAAAGCUCAAUAAAAUCAUGCCCUUAAAUAUUACUAAACUACUAGUCUUAGGGGGUAAGUUUACCAAAGGAAGCUGCCUUGCCCUACCAUCUGAUGUUAGUGUCAAAUUGUUGGGAUCGGCCUUGACUUUAGUUUGGUCUGAAGGAGAUGAAAUCAAAAGGAAUUUAGAGUUCUGGAGUUGGUUGCUGUGA